CUACUCGUUCGUCGACUCGUUUGAGGUGUUCGUGUCGCCAUUGUCGUAUCGCAGUGUUAGAAAAAUUGUGUGAAAAAUUGAAAUCAAUUUUUUGUGAACAAAAAAGUGUAAAAGUAGUAGUGCAAGAAAACCAGAAAGCGCAUUUUAUGUGCAAAUUGCAAUUGAGAUUCAAUAUCUCCUGUGUGAAAGCUCUGAAGUAUAAGAAAAAGGACUCCAAUUAGGCCGUGAAGGCUACCCCUAAGCGCCAAUAGGGAAGUGGAAAAUUUUCGUCGUUCCGUCUAAACUAGGCACCUCAAGAGGCGCACUGAGUUUCUUUCCCAAGAACAAAGAAACAAGUUAGCAAAAGGCGAAAACAAAUUGGAAAGCAAUUCGUUAACCAUCUAAUGAGCCAUCCUCGUCUUUGUAUCGGCGAAUAAACCGAUACCAGCUGUAGUUUGCUCAGGUCUUGAGUAAACUCAACAUAAAACAAUUUUAGCGUCGAAUUAAUAUUUGUUGAUUAAUCUACAUCUGAUAACGCAACGAUUGCGACGGCAUUUGAUUUAGCAAUUCAUCAACAAUUAGAAGCCACAUUUCCUUCGAAGCAUUACGUUUUUGGGUAAAAAUUACCUUGGCAUAAAAAUAAAUUCAGUACGCAGGCUUUAAACGCUUUGCGACACUAAUUGUACAAGUUAAGGAAUUCAGACGCAGUGUAGCAGAAGUUGCGACGUUUUGCGGUGCGCGCGAACUCCUGCGGAAAACAGGUCACUUGGAAUGUUAGAUGCGGUGAACGCAGCAACUACAGUGUGUCGAUCGUGUGUUAAACAGCAGCAGAGAACAGAGGAGAAAGGGAGAAACCUAGACCAUGGCGAAUUUGAAUUUUCAACAACCUCCGAGAAGUUUAGCAAACGCGUCAAUGACGGGGCGAACUACAGGUGGGUUUGGUGGUAGUUCACUCUCCGGGCAUGUAACACCUACGUCUGGCAUGUUUCCAACGGGCGGUGCGAAUUAUGGACAAACGCAACAACCUCAACUCUCACCGAAUCGCAAUGCACAAUUGUCGGUGGGCGGUCCGGCGUUAUCGAGAGGUGGUCGCGCGAAUAUCUUUGGUCAACAAACGUUCGAACGACGAGCAAUGCAGGCGUUAGGUGGCGGCCCUAUGUCGAAUAUGGGCAGCUUUAUGCAAUCGGGCCGCGGUGGCUAUGGUACUGGAGGUGGUGCAAGUGGGUUUCCCAAUGUGUUUGGUGGCAGUGGAGAUGCGGCAACGCCCGCGCUACUCGACCCAACGGAAUUUCCAUCGUUGACGAAUGUGCGUGGCCAGAAUGAUCAAUCACUGCCUCAGACGAAUCCCCUCCAGCCACCGGGAAGCAAACCUUAUGGUAAUUUUUUUACCUCUUUCGGCAUGGUGAAACAACCAACGUCGGAACAAUCGGAAUUCACCAUGUCGAAUGAAGAUUUCCCUGCGUUACCGGGCACUCAAAUCUCCGACGGUACAACGAAUUCGGGCAUCACGGAGAACAAUUUGGACGGUGCGGAGAAGGCGAUGAACUCAAUUGUGGGCGGCAGUGGGUUAGGUGCCGUUGGGAGUGGCGUUGGCGUUAGCGGUAGUAGUGGUGGCGGCAGUAGUGGUAGAGGAAUCGACCAUCAGCACGAUAAUUCCAGCAAUGAUAAACUUGUGAAAAGCGGAGUGCAAACUUCACCUGAUGGCAAGGUCACAAACAUCCCAGCGAGUAUGGUGAAUAACCAAUUCGGCAUGGUGGGUCUCCUUACAUUCAUACGAGCGGCGGAAUCGGAUCCGAAUUUGGUGACGUUAGCGUUAGGAAAUGAUCUUACCGGCCUCGGUCUGAAUUUGAAUUCACAGGAAAGUUUACAUCCUACGUUCGCCGGACCGUUUGCGGAUCACCCCUGCAGAGUACAAGACGUUGAAUGCAACGUGCCAACCGAAUAUCUGAUCAAUUAUGCGAUAAAGGAUAAACUUUCUGCACCGUUACUAAAUAAGCUGCAAGAAGAUCUGCUUUUUUUCUUGUUUUACACGAAUAUCGGCGACAUUUGGCAAAUGAUGGCCGCAGCGGAACUUUAUGGCCGCGAUUGGAGAUUUCACAUAGAAGAGAAAAUAUGGAUUACUCGAAUUCCUGGUAAUAAUCAAGGAAAAUUCUACUACUUCGAUGCGCAAAGUUGGAAACGUAUGUCCAAGGAUUUCCAAAUCGACGCCGAGAAAUUAGAUAAAUGUCCCAAUAUAUCUGCGUUAGUGAACAUGAAUGGACAGUCUGUAUAAUAUUAAUAAAAUAUACAAAAAACACGAAAAAAAUCUAAAAAAAAAAUCUUUUUUUGAAAAUAAGGCAAAAAUCAUGAUGAAAAA